AUGGAACAACAUUCGGAGUUGAGGCAUAGUGCAUCAUCAGUAGCCGUUUCAGUAGACUCUCCGCCCUCCAAUGAUCAGACGUUGCCUAAAGAUAAUUUGGCAAACGGACCAUUUUCUGCGAUUUAUAAAAUGAUUCCAGGGGUCAUGAAUCCAAAUUCCAGACGUGUUCGACAUUGGAGUAAAUUCAUCAUCUACUUCUUUUUUUUAGCAUUUCUGCUUCAAACUCUUCUCAUCUUUCUGUGGCACCUGAAGCAGGAUAAAAACUGCAUAGCUAAUUCCGGAACUUUGAUUGAGGUUUUAUUCGAUUUUCUGCUACAGUCCUCUAAUUUAAUUUUCUUGCUGCACAUAACUUUCAAAUUUAGGGUGGCUUAUGUUGAUCCUAAAUCCACUCUGUUAGUUUACCAUCCAAAAAAAGUAGCUCUCAAUUAUCUUUUCGGGUACUUCAUUUUUGAUUUGCUUUUAGUAUUACCGUUUAGUCUAAGAAUUUUCGAACAGAUUUUCCAAGGAUACUACUCGUCUUCUGGGCCAUUCGAGAUUUUUUCUUUUUUGCAGUGUCUUACUCUGUUGUGCAGAAUUCUAUCUUUGUUUGCUGACGAGACUUCCAGCGCCUUCUUCUUUGAGUCAUGGUCGUCCAAGUUUGUUAUCAAUCUUCUCUCGUUCUUUCUUUUCAGUCAUGUGGUCGGGUCAUUUUGGUAUAACUUUGCACUAACUAGAGUAGCCAAAUGUCUUUAUGAAGCUUGUGGCGAGCCUUGGUGUUUAAGAUAUAUAAAUUGUGAGAAUGAGUAUGGGAAAAUCAUAACCGAUCCAUCAUUGAAAAAGUGGAUGAACAACAACAAUGCCACGGCUUGUUUUAGAAAAGGCGGUUAUGACUAUGGUAUUUAUGAGCAAGCUGUUAGUCUGAUGACAAAAUCUAAUUUACCAAUGCGAUACAUAUAUUCACUAUUUUGGGGGUUCCAGCAAACUAGCACUUUGGCUGGAAAUCAAAUUCCAUCUUUCUUUGUCGUGGAAAUCCUCUUCACUAUGUUUGUAAGUGCUAUGGGUCUUUUGCUGUUCUCUCUUCUCAUUGGAAAUAUGCAGAGUUUUCUCCAAGCCCGAGGACACAGGAGUUCAGAAAAGUUUGUAAGGGGUUUGGACGUUGAGCAGUGGAUGAGCCAGCGGCGCCUGCCAGAGGAACUUAAAAUGAAAAUCCGUCAAUCAGAACAACAUAAUUGGGUUGUCACCAGAGGUGUGAAUGAAUUAGAUCUAUUAGAGAAUCUGCCAGAUGACCUUCAAAGAGAUAUACGUCGACAUCUCUUCAAAUUUUACAAGAAAAUCCCAUUAUUUUCCCUGAUGGAUGAGUCCAUCUUAGAUGCCAUCAGAGAAAGAAUGGAACAAAAAAAUUAUAUCAAAGGAAGCAGAAUUUUGGUUCAUGGAGGUCUCAUUGAUAAGAUGGUUUUCAUUGGUCAGGGGAAGCUUGAGAGUAUUGGAGAAGCUGAGCAUGUAAUUCCUUUGUCUGAGGGGGAUUUUUGUGGCGAAGAACUUGUUACAUUGUGUUUAGAGCAUUAUAUUCUAAACAGAGACAGGGAACAGACUAAUUCCUCAACUUAG